AACAAAACGUCGACAGCAGGGUUCGAACCUGCGCGGGCGAAGCCCAACAGAUUUCAAGUCUGUCUCCUUAACCACUCGGACAUAUCGACUUAUUGCGGUAAAGUGAAAUUGUUGAUUAUAAUAACAAGGGAAGGCCCAAUAAAGGCCCAUAAGUGCUGACUUGGAUUCUCUCUAAAGCUCACAGUGAGGCUUUCUCUAACGACGGAUGCCGCGUGUUUCAUCAUCGAGAGUCGCGAGACGGUUUAGAAUCUGAAAAGCCGAUCAAAUCUGAAGAAAACCGGCGACGAAUCUCCCCGGCGUAGAUUCUGUUACUGAGAGAUUGAUGCCAUCGUGAAUCAUCACGGCGAGUUGGAUGAUGCGUUUAUAACGGAGGCUAGGAAUUAGAUAUGUCAUCGGGAGGAGAGUACAACGAGGACAGGCAUCUAUUGCGAUCAACCGACGGAGAUGAAGUCGUCAAUGGCAGAGGAGAGGGUGAUCUCGACGUUGAAUCUCAGUCUCCGGCCAUCAGGAAUUCCACCGGAGGAGUUAGAAAUCUGCUCAAGCAUCUGGAUCGGAGAUUCUCUCUCUCCGGGCGUCGUCUGAGCUUCAAACGACUGGAGAAUAUCAGAGUCGAUAGGAGCCACCACCAUCCCUCUUCUUCUUCCCCACUCUCGGCUGCCGGAGAAGAAGAUGGCGUCGAUGAUCGCGAUGAUGAGUACGGUUUUGAUGAAGGCAACGACGUGCUGGGAGAUAGUGCUCCACCUGAGUGGGCUCUGCUUCUUAUCGGCUGUCUCAUCGGUGUCGCUGCCGGGAUUUGCGUCGCCGGCUUCAACAAAGGGGUUCAUGUGAUUCAUGAGUGGUCAUGGGCUGGUACUCCCAACGAGGGUGCUGCUUGGCUUCGUCUGCAGAGACUAGCCGACACGUGGCAUCGGAUUCUUUUGAUUCCUGUCACUGGGGGUGUUAUAGUAGGAAUGAUGCAUGGUUUGCUUGAGAUCUUGGAUCAAAUAAGGCAGUCCACUUCUUCCCAAGGACAAGGUGUAGAUUUACUUGCUGGUAUGUUCCCAGUGAUAAAAGCCAUACAAGCUGCUGUGACCCUUGGUACAGGAUGUUCACUGGGUCCCGAGGGACCUAGCGUUGACAUUGGAAAGUCAUGUGCCAAUGGUUUUGCGCUAAUGAUGGAAAACAACAGAGAAAGGAGGAUAGCUCUCACUGCAGCUGGUGCGGCUUCUGGGAUUGCAUCUGGUUUUAAUGCAGCAGUGGCGGGUUGUUUCUUUGCUAUUGAGACUGUUUUAAGACCUCUGCGUGCCGAGAACUCGCCUCCAUUUACCACUGCAAUGAUAAUUUUGGCCUCUGUUAUAUCAUCGACUGUGUCGAAUGCGUUGCUUGGGACUCAAUCAGCUUUCACAGUCCCCUCGUAUGACCUGAAGUCCGCUGCAGAGCUCCCUCUGUACCUGAUAUUAGGAAUGCUGUGUGGUGCUGUCAGCGUUGUUUUUUCUUGGCUCGUCACGUGGUUUACCAAGUCAUUCGAGUUCAUCAAAGACAAAUUUGGCCUUCCUGCUAUUGUGUGCCCUGCAUUAGGUGGUUUAGGAGCUGGGAUGGUUGCUCUCAAGUACCCCGGAAUUUUGUACUGGGGGUUUACAAAUGUUGAGGAAAUCCUGCAUACGGGAACGAGUGCUUCAGCUCCUGGAAUUUGGUUAUUAGCUCAGUUAGCCGCAGCCAAAGUUGUGGCCACUGCUUUGUGCAAAGGCUCUGGGCUUGUAGGCGGUCUAUACGCACCAAGUUUGAUGAUUGGUGCUGCUGUUGGUGCUGUGUUUGGAGGUUCGGCUGCUGAGAUUAUUAACAGAGCAAUUCCUGGUAAUGCUGCUGUGGCUCAACCGCAAGCUUACGCUCUGGUUGGCAUGGCAGCGACACUAGCUUCCAUGUGCUCAGUCCCCUUAACAUCAGUAUUACUGCUGUUCGAGCUAACAAAAGAUUAUAGAAUUUUGCUUCCUCUCAUGGGAGCGGUUGGUUUAGCAAUAUGGGUCCCCUCUGUGGUAAACCAAGACAAAGAGAGUGAUUCUUCAGAGGGUCGCAACGCAGGAAGAGGAUACUCUACUCUUUCACCGUCCCAUCUUAAAACCGAAGGCAUUUGGAGACGCACGGAUAAUGCAAACUCCCUUGAGCUUACCGUGAUGGAGAACCCUGACCACAAAUCCUUCUUGGAUGAAGAAACUAUUCUGGACGACUUAAAGGUUUUGCGGGUUAUGCCAAAGAACUAUGUGAAGGUUUGUCUGGGAACAACUCUAAGAGAAGCAAGAAACAUUCUUAAAGACAGCCACCAAAACUGCCUUGUGGUGGUCGAUGAAGAUGAUUUUCUAGCCGGAAUCCUAACACAUGGAGACAUUAGACGUUGCUUGUCCAAUAAGGUCUCUCCAAUUGUAGAUGAGAAUACAUGUACGGUUUCCUCAGUGUGUACUAAGAAAAUAACGUAUAGAGGCCAAGAACGCGGUUUGAUUACUUGCUAUCCAGACACGACGGUCGGUGUGGCCAAAGAGUUAAUGGAGGCAAGAGGUGUGAAGCAACUACCUGUAGUAAAACGAGGUGAAGUAAGUCACAAAGGGAAAAAGAGGAAACUGCUUGGCCUUCUUCAUUAUGACUCCAUCUGGACUUUUCUCAGAGAUGAGAUGAGUCGUAGGAGAUCGAUCAACGAGCGGAGAAAAGAUAAGUACGAGGAGGUUGGUGCGGCAAAUGUGCAUUGAUAUGGGUUUGUGCCAAUCUGGUAUAGUUUUUUUUUUUUUUUUUAAUUUCUUAUGUGCAAUUGAUUAGAACGGAGGAAAACAUGAUCGUAAAAUAAUACCUCUUUAUUAGUUUUUUGAAAUAUUUUUCUCGCAAAAGUAACACUCUCUUAUCAUAUACUCAAAUAGAAAGCUAGUGUGUAACAUACAUACACCAUUUGUUGGGUGAGAAAAAUGUAAUAUCAUUAGUUCUUAGCAAGCCUUGUGAAUUGUGAUACUUGGAAUCGUAAAUUCUAUAAGUGACUGACACAAUGAAUUCUCUUA